AUUUACAGCCUUUCGUGGUGUCAAAUCCUUCUGUUUUUCUGCAAGCUACUAUCAAAAAAUGGACGACAUUGAGUUUGAGCCUGUCCCUUCUCCUGCUCAAGGUGUAGGGCCAAUUUACAGACCGGAGGGUGAGAAACCAACAGCAACAGUUUCAAAGAGCUUAUCAUACGAAAACGUUCAUGUAUUGCCCCAAACUCCCCAGUUGAUUGCCCUUCUAACGAUGAUAAGAGAUAAACGGACUGGACGUGCGGAUUUCAUCUUCUAUUCGAACAGAAUUAUUCGGCUGCUGGUAGAAGAAGGCUUAAACCAUCUGCCUGUUGUGGAGCACUCGGUGACAACUCCAGUUGGUCGCGCCUAUCUCGGAGUCAAGUUUGAGGGUAAAAUAUGUGGGGUGUCCAUUAUGAGGGCAGGGGAGGCGAUGGAGCAAGGAUUGAGAGACUGUUGUCGAUCGGUUCGAAUUGGGAAGAUAUUGAUCCAGCGGGAUGAAGAGACGUGCAAACCGAAACUUUUCUAUGACAAACUUCCCGCUGACAUUGCUAAUCGAUGGGUUCUGCUCCUUGACCCAAUGUUUGCAACAGGGGGAUCCGCUACUCUCGCUGUUGAAGUUCUCAAGGCGAGGGGUGUGCCAGAAGAUCAUAUUCUUUUCCUCAACCUCAUUGCAAGCCCGUCUGGAGUUGCGGAUUUUGCCGAGCGUUUUCCUAAACUUAGAGUAGUGACUGCAUUCAUUGAUCAAGGCUUAGAUGAGAAGAAAUACAUUAUUCCAGGUCUGGGUGAUUUCGGGGACCGAUACUACACCUUGUAAAUAACAUUGGGCUUUUGUUCUCACCAUAUAUAACCUGACCUAUGCAAUGGGGUUGGACUUGUUAGUUUAUUAGUAGCGGAGAUAUGCUCCUUCAUUAACAAAUGUUGGUUUAUGUUCUGUCUUUCAUUCGCAUGAUUUAGUUUUCUUUGUGGUUAUUAAGGCUAUUUCUUGACUUCUAUCAUAACAUCAAAUCAGAUCAGAGUAUCCCAGAAAAUGAAACAAAAACUGCAGAAUCUUCACCAUAUGCGCCAUUCUCCAUAAUCAACACAACAUCAGAAAUCAUCGGUGUCAUUUUUCCUACUCUCGCCAACAAUUGCUCCAGUCUCCCGCGGCUCGUAGGAAAUGGGAUACUCAUUCAAACGCAUGCCAUGAGCAUCACGUUCUUCAUACUUGUUAGCAGCGUCUUUGGCCACGGCAUCACAAGCAUCCACCCAGUCAGAAUAUACAUC